GGUAGAGAUCUGACCGCACAGUACCUGACUGUGUAUUCUCACCUCGGCUAAAUGAGCUAGUCCUGAGUAUAGUAAAACUAAGCAGCUAAGAACGUUUUGAUAUACUGGACUAUAUGUAAGCGUCAAAAAACGGUAGCAAUGCUCGCAACUGACUAUUAGCCAUAUGUUUCGUUGUGUGAAGUUUAUCACUGAAGCAUUUAUUAUAAAAUGCCUGCUUUUCUACAGAAGUCGUAUAAUACCUUUUUUGUUCAAAAUAGUUUAUAAUGAAUUGUUCUCUUUUUAGCUAACAUUUAUUACGUUUUGUUGUUUCUUAAUUUUAAACAUGAAGUUAUUGCAAAUAUUCGUGUUCUUAUUUUUCUCAAAGAAAGUAUUUGAUCAAAGAAUACUUGCAAAUGACAAGGCUAGAUUUAUUGCUGCCCGCAAUUCAGACAUACAAGAUGUUUCAUAUUUCAACGUGUGUGAUCCAAUGGAAUAUGAGAUGGUUUUACUAUUUCACGUGCUGAGUUUCCAGUCUGCCCUGAAACCUGUUGAUUGGACACAACCCAGAAAGAAAUCCUGCAAGCAUUCUACUCAUCGCUUUGCCUGCAGGAUCUCUAAAACCAUCUUGAUGAAUUUGGAAACAUUUCUUACUUCAGAGUUUAAGAUUAAGAGACUUCUUAAGAAAACUAUAGGCAUUUUAAGUCAGUUUUUGGUGACUGGAUAAACAUUGCCAUCUUCUACAAGACUGAUUCACACAAAGUUCAGUUGCGAAUGUUUUACUUGGGUUUACAAACCCUACGACUUAUUAUAAACAUGCUUUUUAGACUUAGUUUAUGAAUAUUUUAUUCUUUUAAACUUAAUAUUCAAUGUAUACUUGUGAAACUAGUGGCAUACUGUAUAUUUUAAAAUAAAAUUGUAUUUUUUCCCAUGAAA